AUCAAAUCAAAUCCCACCUCAAAUCUCCAGAUCUUCACCACCAUGGCCAUCGCCACCGUCUCAACCGCUCAAGCCGGCCGAGGCAAGUCCAAGGGAACCAAAUCCGUCUCCAGGUCCGCCAAGGCCGGUCUCCAGUUCCCCGUCGGCCGAGUCGCCCGCUUCCUCAAGAAAGGCCGCUACGCCCAGCGCGUCGGCGGCGGCUCCCCUGUCUACCUCUCCGCCGUCCUCGAGUACCUAGCUGCUGAGGUUUUGGAGUUGGCUGGAAACGCCGCCAGGGACAACAAGAAGAAUCGGAUCACUCCGAGGCAUAUUCAGCUUGCGGUGAGGAAUGAUGAGGAGUUCACAAAGCUUUUGGGGUCUGUGACUAUUGCCAAUGGAGGUGUUCUGCCCAAUAUUCAUCAGAAUUUGCUGCCGAAGAAGAAUGCCAAGGGGAAGGGAGAGAUUGGGUCUAUGUCUCAGGAGUUCUAGAUGGUGUUAGGUCUGUUGGUAGGGAAGAAGAAAUGGUAGGGCUAGAUUGGAUCUCUGGUUUUGUAAAUCUGUGGCUACAGAACAGUUCAUUCUGUUGUAAUCCUUCUUGUGCAAUGAAAAUUUCAGUUUCCUAG